UAUAGGUCUACGGAAUCAAUAAGAAUUAAACGAUUUGUUGUUAUUUCGCGGAAAAAAAUUGAAACUACGAAUCGUAAGAAUUAUAAUUCAUCAAAAUGUCACUAAAAAAUUCUAAGCCUGAAAAAAAGAAACCGCGAGCAAUGCCAGUUGAAACUAUUGUCACACGUUUCAAGUCUGCCCAACAGAAACGUCUCCUUGAGAAAGAACAAGCGAAACCGACAAAAAAAUCAAAAAACAUAAAUUCAUCAAGAAAAUCACAACCUGUAAUAAAAAAGACAGAAAAGAAAUCGCCUCGGCAUAAAAAAGUGAAAAAAUCAGACAAAAAUGUUAAUGAAAAGAAAAUUGAAGAUACACAAGUUGAGAAUAAGGAAUAUUAUCCUACGAAACUAAAACGGAAAGUUCUAAAUGCAAGAAGGUUCCUCGCUCCGAAGCCCAAUUGCAAAGUUAUAUGCACAACAAAAAGUGUCAAUAAAAGGAAACUACAUGUUCCUCAACGAGAUAUGAAGUAUGUAGUCGAGCAAAUGCAAAAAGAAUAUGCCAUUAAUUCUGUUAAAUCACUAAAACAGAAGACUCAGUCCCCAGAACUAAGCAUCACAGAAAUGGUUAGGAUAAUUGAGGAGAAUGGAAGCCUGGAUGAUGAGGAUUUAUUGGAAAUAUUGACAUGCCCAAGUCCGGUGUGGUGGGAGGAACCUCCUGAUGGAUAUAUUGAAGAAGCACUGUUCUCUCAAGACCGUCCAGCAGAUAAUAUAAGUGUCAAAAAUCAAAUAAAAGAAGAGGAAAAGAAAGAUAUAGAACGCAAAAGAUAUCAAGAAGACAAACACGAAAUGAAUAGCAACGACAACCAAACAAACAUACCGGAAACUUUAGAUAUAAAUAUAGAGAGUCGAGAUAAAAUGUUCAUAAAUAAACGCUGUAAAUUAGAAACACUGUUAGGUAUAAUUAAAAAUAAAGGCUUAAAGCCUAAUAUUCAUGAAAUUAAAUCGAAUAAAAAUGAAUCUGAUUCAACAAAUGUGAUUAAAAAUGAUCGCUCAAAUGAUAAACCAAAAGAAGCCGUAGAACUUGAAGAUGUAAAAGAAAUCAUUGAAGAAGCAAACGAUAAAAAUCAUCCAGAAUACGCGGAUGAAGGAUUAAUUGAUCUUAGAGACGCAGAUGGAAAAAAUAUUAGUAAUGAAGUAAAACAUAAAAUGAAUUCCGAAUGCGCGGAUGCAGAUUUAAUUGAUUUUGAAGACGAAAAAGUAAAAGAUAUAAGUAAAGAAGUAAAGGAUAAAAGGCAAUCAGACUGCAUGGAUAAAGAUUUAAUUCAUUUUAGAGACUCUGAAGUAAAAGAUAUUAUUGAUGAAGUAAAAGAUAAAACAAAUUCCGAAUGCGCAGAUGCAGAUUUAAUUGAUUUUGAAGACGAAGAAGUAAAAGAUAUAAGGAAAGAAGUAAAAGAUAUUAGUGAUGAAAAAGAUAAAAUAAAUUCCGAAUGCACGGAUGAAGAUUUAAUACAUUUUGAAGAGGAAGAAGUAAAUGAAAUAUGUAAAGAACUAAAAGAUAAAAUGCAUUCAGAAUUCGCGGAUGAAGAUUUAAUAGAAUUUGAUGAAGAUGAAGAAGUGAAUGAUAUUAGUAAUGAUGUAAAAGAUAAAACAAAUUCCGAAUGCGCGGAUGAAGAUUUAAAUGAAUUCAGAGACGAUGAAAUAUUAAGACAUUUGGAAAAUCUAGAAAUUCCAAUCGAAAAAACUAUAAAGGUGACAAAUUUAGUUGAAAGCAAAGAUGUUGAUGACGAUCUAACAAGAAGAGUAUCGAUUGAAUCUAAUAUCAGUGACAAAAAUAUGUCGGAAGAAUAUUUAGAUAUGAGCUUGCUUGAUGACGAUCAUGACGACAAACUAGAAACAGAUGAUGAUAAUGACAAACGAGAAGUAGAUAAUGAUAAUGAAAAACGAGAAAUAGAUAAUGAUAAUGACAAACGAGAAGUAGAUAAUGAUAAUGAAAAACGAGAAAUAGAUAAUGAUAAUGACAAACGCGAAGUAGAUAAUGAUAAUGAAAAACGAGAAAUAGAUAAUGAUAAUGAAAAACGAGAAAUAGAUAAUGAUGAUGACAAACGAGAGAUAUUUGAUGAUGAUAACGACGAACGAGUAAUGAGUAAUGAUAACACAAUAAAUAGUGAACCUAGUCAACUCAAUGAAUUAAAGCUUGAUGAACAACAUGAUGAUUUAAAUAAAACUAAUGGCAAACAUGACAUAGAUAACGAAGAAACAGUUAAAAAAAUCAAAUUAGAUAAAGUUAAUGCAGAUAAAAAUAAAAAAAAAAGUGAUCAUAGAAAAGAUUAUGAAUUGGUAACUGUUUAUAAAAUAAUUAAUAGUGCUACGUUAUUAAAAGAGAUGGACGAAACGAGUAAAAAAACAAACGAAAAUAUAGAUAAGGUAAAAGAUAUAGACAAAACAGACGGAAGAAUCAAUUCGUACUACAAACAUUGCAAAAGAGUUCCGACUCUAAAAUUGAAACUUGUAAAGGAAUUAACUAAAGAGAAGCGUGAUUAUAAAUGUAAAGAAAAAUUUCAUCGGGCGAAUAGAGCAAUAACGAUAUCGGAGAGUGAUAAUGUUAAAUAUUGCUUUGUCUGUUCGUCCAUAUUUGACUCUGAAAAAUGUAAUUACUGUCUACGGAAGACAUUGAAGAGGAAAUUGAACGAAUACUACUGUGAUGUGUGCGGUUUGAAUGUUAAUACUAAAAAGGAAAUGAUUGAACAUUUGAAUGUACAUGAAAGUGUUGAGUAAUGUUAAUGUGGUCUGGAUGUUGUAUAUUUUGGCUUUGUGUCGAGAUGGCCUAGUGAUUAGAACGCUUGAAUCUUAACCGAUGAUCGUGGAUUCAAACCUGGGCAAGCGUCACUGAAUAUCCAUGUGCUUAAUUUGUGUUUAUAAUUCAUCUCGUGCUUGAUAGUGAAGGAAAACAUCUUGAGCAAACCUGCAUGUGUCUAAUUUAAUUGAAAUUCUGCCACAUGUGUAUUCUACCAACCCACAUUGGAGCAGCGUGGUGGAAUAAGCUCCAAACCUUCUCCUCAAAAUAGGUAGCCCAGCUGUGGGACAUUAACAGGCUGUUACUGUACUACUUCAAGCCCAGGGUAGAUACCCAUUCAUCAAAUAUUCUACCACGAAAUAGCAAUAUUAUUGUUGUGUUACGGGACAUACAUCUUAGUUCUCAAAGUUGGUUGAGCGUUAGUGUGCAUGGGUUAAUAUUUCUUAGAGCAUCAAUUUCAAAAGUGAUGAUGACAUUGUAGGUCAACAGAUGGGUCUGUCUAUCUCUUUUGCUCCAAUGUGAAUUGAUUUGACAAUAUAUUAUUAAGGUCGAAUUUUUCUUUGCCGAGCAACACAUGAAUUUAUAAAUUAAUAUAUAUGAGUAGUAAGUAGCAGUUUUCAGGGUAACUUAUAUAUAUAAGAGACAUAAUAAUUUAAUAUUAAUGUUAUUAGCUAUUCCGUGUGAUUACAUAGAUGGGGGGGGGGGUCUUUUUGUUAAUAGAUUACAAUUGUUAUAUAGCCCUUUCACAAUAAAUGUGUUUUCUAACGUAAAAAUAAUGUACUAGAUUUGUUGGUCGUGAGAUUAGCGUAUCAACCAGACAGACUUUAGCUCAUAUUAUUAUUAAAUUAAAACCAUCCCUUACAAAAUAUCAUAAAGCAUCCCAUCUCCUCAAAAUUACACUUCGGAUUUUCAUACGGUUCUCAGUAAUAGAAGGAGUGAUUCAUGAGUCUUAGUGUACAAUUCAUUAAGGUUUGGUGAAAAUUUACUGAAAUACGAGAAUAUGUAAACCAUAUUAACGUUUUAUUUAGACCCUUAUUCCACCAGUGCGAAGUCAGGGCGGGUAGCUAGUGUACGUAUAUAAAUUAACCAAGUGUUAUAAUUAUAAAAAACAUUUGUGUAGUUCAGUGGCGUAGCUAGGUGACCAAGAGCCCCGGUGAAUAAGAAAUGAAUCGGGCCCUCAUCCCCUCUUUCCGCGUAGCUUGAACUUAUAUUGGCCUUCAAAAUUAUAGAUAUGAACAAGAAUAGGAAACAGUGAGUUCAACUUAUCCCUAGUAGGCUAAAUCCACACGUUUCUAUGAGGGGUCAAGAAAAAAAGAUUUUUUUUUCUUUUAUGUUGCUCUCUUUUCAAAGCUGAAAUUAGAGGCCCCCCUGAGCUCCAGAUCCCUGGUGCACUGCACCACCUGGCCCUACGAUAGCUACGCCACUGGUGUAGUUUCUGAGAAAGUCGCUUACAU